UGCUCGGUGCGGCGCAGGGCGCGCGCUCUCUCCGCUGCUCCGACAGAGUUGCUCAGUGUCCGCAGAGGUUACCUGAUGGAUGGACAAUCGAUGUCUGAUCAAUCAAAGCCCGUGUCAGGAGACACACACAGUAGUGAUUAUUGAUUAGUGAUCGGCAGCUGAUAGUGUGUGUGAGUGUGAGUGGAGUUCAGCGCUUCCAAACCCACAGGACUCUACUUUCUUCAUCCAUCCAUCCAUCCAUCCGUCCAUCUGUCCAUCUCCCCCGGGAUGAAGACUCCUCUCAGCCCCUCUCAGCUCCUGGAGAGUGGGCAGAUCUUUGCCUUUGGAGGAAUGUGUCAAGAGCUAAUGGACAGGCCAACACCUACAACCAUCAGUCUGUCUGUCCAGCAGACUUCAUCUAGAGGCCAGGGCGGGGCCUACUCGCUGUGUGAGGUGUGUAACCUACAGCUGACCUCUGAUGGUCAGGCCCAACUGCACUAUAAUGGCAGGUCUCACCUUCGGAGGGUAAGACAGCUGCAGGCUGGAGAGACAGGACAACAAGCAGCAGGGGCUCAUUCUAGGUCUCUUCCCCAAGCUACAGCGCUCAGCUCCCAGCCUGCAGGACUAACACCGAGCCCAGGCCUCAGUCCAGGCCUCAACACUCCGUCAAGCACGACUGCAGGAAGUGGGUGUAGCGCAGUGGGCGGAGGAUUGCCGGGACUCAUAGGUGCCACUGGUCCAUCUGUGAUGAUGAAGCCGUUCCUGCCGUUCCCCGUCGAGACGACGUCGCCAGUCGGGCUUUUCCCAAACUUCAACACAAUGGACCCGGUGCAGAAAGCCGUCAUCAACCACACCUUUGGUGUUACCUUGGUACCCAAGAAGAAACAAGUCAUCUCAUGUAACGUCUGCCAGCUGAGGUUCAACUCUGACUCUCAGGCAGAAGCUCAUUACAGAGGCAGUCGUCACGCCAAGAAGCUCAAGUCUCAGGAGAACAAGUCCAAGGCCAAGCUGUCAAUCACUGGAGAAUCCAAUGGAAGCAGCACAAGUCCGGCUGGCCCCGCCCCUCCCAUCUCAUCUAACAGCUGCACCAAUCAGCACACAGAACUCUUAACCAGCCUCACCGACUCAUCCUCCCCUCUCAAACCUUUCCUCCUUCCGUCCUCCUCCCCUCUCUCCUCCUCCCCUUCGUCUAGCAGAGCAGGCAGUGAGCCUCCCCCCUCCAGUCCUCCCUCUGCUCUCCCCGCCCCGGGUCUCUCCUCUUCCUCCUCCUCCUCUUCUUCUAAAGCCUCUCCACCUCCCCCUCCUCCAGCUCCUGUCACCUCCUCCUUGUCCCCUGUUCCCCCUCCUCUUCUUCCUCCUGCUUCCUCCCAGGCCUCCUCCCAGGAUGCUCCUCUCUCGGCAGAGUCAGAGGAGGAGAAGGCAAAGAAGCUGCUGUACUGCUCUCUGUGCAAAGUCGCCGUCAACUCUCUGUCUCAGCUCGAGGCUCAUAAUGCAGGUUCAAAGCACAAGACGAUGCUCGAGGCUCGGAGUGGCGCCGGGCCAAUCAAGGCCUACCCUCGACCGGGAGCCAAGCUGAAGAAUGGCAGCACCAACGGACUGAAGGGCUCCGGCCUGCAGAACAAAACCUUCCACUGCCAGAUCUGUGACGUUCACGUCAACUCUGAGAUCCAACUCAAACAGCACAUCUCCAGCAGGAGGCACAAGGACAGAGUGGCAGGAAAACCCAGCAAACCCAAAUACAGCCCGUAUAACAAACAGCAGCGCAGCACACUCACUAACGAGUUGGUGAAGCCCUCCCUUUCUCCUUCCUUCCUCUCCACUCCCUUCGCUCCUCCACCCUCCUCCCUCACCUCUACCAUCUCACUCCCUCCCUCGUCUCUCCCCUCCUCCCCCCUCCUCACUACCACCUCCUCGCCCCUUACCCCUACCAUCUCUCUUCACCCUCGCCCUCCGGCCUCCUCGUCCCUCUUUACAGCCUCCUUCCUGCGUCCGGCUCCUGGACCAAUCAGAACGAGCCAAGGAUCGAUUCUCUUCACACCUUAUUGA